AUGCUUUUUGACCACGAAGAAGCCGUUUCUCCCACCGCUGCUCACACACUCUUCCUGUCUGCUGCAGCCCCACUGGGCCUCUACUUCUCAAGGGAUGCCUACUGGGAGAGGCUGUAUGUAGACCAGCCAGCUGGCACACCUCUGCUCUACGUCCAUGCCCUACGGGAUAGCCCUGAAGAAGUGCCCAGCUUCCGCCUUGGCCAGCAUCUAUAUAGCGCCUACCGCACACGGCUGCACGAGAAUGACUGGAUCCGCAUCCAUGAGGACACUGGCCUUCUCUACCUCAACCAGAGCCUGGACCACAGUUCCUGGGAGCAGCUCAGCAUUCGCAAUGGUGGCUUCCCCUUGCUCACAAUCUUCCUCCAGGUUUUUCUGGGGUCCGCAACCCAGCGAGAGGGUGAAUGCCAUUGGCCAGGCUGUGCCCGUGUGUACUUCUCCUUCAUGAAUGACUCCUUCCCAGCGUGUAGCUCCCUCAAACCCCAGGACCUCUGCGUCCCGGAGACAGGCCUGUCAUUCCGCGUCAGGGAGAACAGGCCUCCUGGCACCUUCUACCGGUUUCAGCUCUUGCCUGUGCAGUCCCUUUGCCCGAACAUCAGUGUGACCUACAGGCUCUUGGAAGGGGAGAGCCUGCCCUUCCAUUGCGACCCUGACAGCCUGGAAGUGAGCACACUCUGGGCCCUGGACCGGGAGCUUCAGGAAAAGUACUUGCUGGAGGCCGAAUGCAUCGUGGGCGCUGGUGACCGUGAAGAGAAGGUGACCGUGUCCUUGCCAGUGACGGUGUAUGAUGAGGACGACUCGGCGCCCACCUUUGCCGGAGGCGUGGACACUGCCAAUGCCGUGGUGGAGUUUAAACGGAAGGAGGGCACUGUCCUGGCCACUCUGCAUGUGUUUGAUGCAGAUGUGGUGCCAGCGUCUGGGGAGCUGGUGAGACGGUAUACAAGCACCCUGCUCUCGGGGGACUCCUGGGCCCAGCAGAACUUCCGGGUGGAGCACUCACCCAACGAGACCUUGGCCCAGGCCAACAACAACUCUGUGCGGGCAACCAUGCAUGAUUACAAGCUGGUUCUCAACCGGAGCCUCCCCAUCUCAGAGAGCCGAGUCUUACAGCUGGUGGUCCUGGUCAAUGACUCUGACUUCCAGGGGCCUGGGACAGGUGUCCUCUUCCUCCAUUUCAACGUGUCUGUGCUGCCUGUCACCCUGAAUCUGCCCAGCACCUACUCCUUCCCAGUGAAUAGGAGGGCACAUCGUUAUGCCCAGAUUGGGAAAGUCUGUGUGGAAAAUGGCCAGGAGUUUAGCGGCAUCUCCGUCCAGUACAAGCUGCAACCCUCCAGCACCAACUGCAGCGCGCUGGGUGUGGUCACUUCAGCUGAGGAUACCUCCGGGACCCUAUUUGUAAAUGACACAGAGGCCCUGCAGCGACCCGAAUGUACCGAGCUCCAGUACACGGUGGUAGCCACUGACCGGCAGACCCGCCAGCAGGCCCAGGCGUCGCUGCUCGUCACAGUGGAGGGGACAUUCGUUGCUGAAGAAGUGGACUGUCCCAAGUCAUGCGCAGUCAACAAGAGACGACCCGAGUGUGAGGAGUGUGGUGGCCUAGGCUCUCCAACAGGCAGAUGCGAAUGGCGUCAGGGAGAUGGCAAAGGAAUCACCAGGAACUUCUCUACCUGCACCCCCAACACCAGGACCUGUCCCGAUGGCCACUGUGACGCCGUGGAGAGCCGGGAUAGCAACAUUUGUCCCCAGGACUGUCUCCGUGGCAGCAUCGUUGGGGGGCAUGAGCCAGGGGAGCGUCGGGGGAUUAAAGCUGGCUAUGGCACCUGCUACUGCUUCCCUGAUGAGAAGAAGUGCUUCUGUGAGCCAGAGGACAGCCAGGGCCCGCUCUGCGAUGAGCUGUGCCGCACAGUGAUCACAGCUGCUGUACUCUUCUCCUUCAUCAUUUCCGUCCUGCUGUCCACGUUCUGCAUCCACCGCUACCACAAGCAUGCGCACAAGCCGCCCAUUGCUUCUGCGGAAAUGACCUUCUGCCGGCCAGCCCAGGGCUUCCCGAUCAGCUAUUCCUCCUCGGGCACCCGACGGCCUUCACUGGAUUCCAUGGAGAACCAGGUCUCCGUGGACUCUUUCAAGAUCCCGGAGGAUCCGAAGUGGGAAUUCCCCCGGAAGAGCUUGGUUCUUGGGAAGACCCUGGGAGAAGGAGAGUUCGGGAAAGUGGUCAAGGCGACAGCCUUCCGUCUCAAAGGCCGGGCAGGAUACACCACAGUGGCCGUGAAAAUGCUGAAAGAAAAUGCCUCCCAGAGUGAGUUACGAGACCUGUUGUCGGAGUUCAACCUCUUGAAGCAAGUCAACCAUCCCCAUGUCAUCAAGCUGUACGGGGCCUGCAGCCAGGACGGGCCACUUCUUCUCAUUGUGGAGUAUGCCAAGUAUGGCUCCCUGCGGGGAUUCCUCCGUGACAGCCGCAAGAUUGGGCCUGGCUAUGUGGGCAGUGGAGGCAGCCGCAAUUCCAGCUCUCUGGACCACCCGGACGAGCGGGUAUUGACCAUGGGUGACCUCAUCUCCUUUGCCUGGCAGAUCUCAAGGGGUAUGCAGUACUUGGCUGAGAUGAAGCUUGUACAUCGGGAUCUAGCUGCCAGGAACAUCCUGGUGGCUGAAGGACGGAAGAUGAAAAUUUCUGACUUUGGCCUAUCCCGAGAUGUUUACGAAGAAGACUCCUAUGUGAAGAAAAGCAAGGGCCGGAUUCCCGUCAAAUGGAUGGCAAUCGAGUCUCUCUUUGAUCACGUCUAUACCACUCAAAGCGAUGUGUGGUCCUUUGGGGUGCUACUAUGGGAGAUUGUGACCCUGGGGGGCAACCCCUACCCUGGAAUUCCUCCUGAACGACUCUUCAACCUUCUGAAGACAGGCCACAGGAUGGAGAGGCCGGACAACUGCAGCGAGGAAAUGUACCGCCUGAUGCUGCAGUGCUGGAAACAGGAGCCGGACAAGAGGCCAGUAUUUGCUGACAUCAGUAAGGACCUGGAGAAGAUGAUGGUGAAGAGCAGAGACUACUUGGACCUGGCAGCAUCCACUCCGUCUGACUCACUGCUUUACGAUGAUGGCCUCUCAGAAGAGGAGACGCCCCUGGUGGACUGUAACAGUGCUCCCCUCCCGCGCUCCCUCCCUUCUACAUGGAUUGAAAACAAACUCUAUGGCAUGUCAGACCCGAACUGGCCUGGAGAGAGUCCUGUACCACUCACGAGAGCCGAUGGCACUAGCACUGGGUUCCCAAGAUAUGCAAAUGAUAGUGUAUAUGCUAACUGGAUGGUUUCACCCUCAGCGGCAAAAUUAAUGGACACAUUUGAUAGCUAA